AGAUCAUGUCAAACAAAUCAAAAAAUUCCGCAGGGAAAAAAUCGAUGAACUCUUUCUUCUUCUUCUUCAUUGCAACAAAAUCCAACUUGGAAACCCUAACCCUAGCUCUGUUACACAGCCAGAGAGAGCAAAUUUUUUAGAGAGAGAAAGUGUGCGUUAGAGAGAGAAAGAGCUGAAAUUUACGGUUGUUGAUCCAACACAUAACGAAUAGUUGAAGACAGUUACUUUUUCUACAGCUCAAUCUUUAAAGACCCAAUCUUCAAACAGCUUCCCCACCAUUUUUGCAAGAUCCUGACCGACCCAUUACCUAAAUCCGUCUGAAAACCCUAAUUCCAUCAAAACCCACAUCCCAAUUUCCACUUAUUUGACUCAGCAACCGACCCAUAUGCCCCAACUCCGCCACCAACAACCAGCUGAGCCGCCAACAUAACCGACCCAUUAUGGGAGCUGAGAAGAAAUGGCUCCUAACGCUCUUCUCAGCCACAUUCCUCUCUCUCCUUCUCCUCCUUCUCUCCUCCAUCUCCGCCUUCAGCUCCCCCAAACCCUUCCCUUCAAUUGUCCAGCACGGCUCUCACUACCCGCCCGCUUUCGCUUACUACAUAUGGGGCGGCCGCGGCGAUAGGGCUCGGAUCUUCCGGCUGCUGCUCGCCGUCUACCAUCCCCGAAAUCGAUACUUGUUGCAUCUUUCGGCUGACGAAUCUGAAGAAGAGCGCCGCCGCCUUGCCGCCGCUAUCAAGGCUGUGCCUGCAAUUCAGGCGUUUGGGAAUGUGGAUGUGGUGGGCAAGCCUGAUCGAAUCACUUACAUGGGGUCCACAAAUAUUGCCACCACGUUGCGCGCGGCGGCGAUUUUGUUGAAGGUUGAUAGUGGGUGGGAUUGGUUCGUCACUUUGAGCGCCAUGGAUUAUCCACUUAUCACCCAGGACGAUCUGUCUCAUGUAUUCUCAUCUGUCAGAAGAGAUCUCAAUUUUAUUGAUCACACUAGUGACCUUGGAUGGAAAGAGUUGCAUAGGGUCCAGCCAAUAGUAGUUGAUCCGGCAACAUACCUAGCCAGAAGGAGCCAAAUUUUUCAUGCUACAGAGAAGCGGAAAACCCCUGAUGCUUUUAAAGUAUUCACAGGUUCCCCAUGGGUCACUCUGAGCAGAUCAUUUCUGGAAUUUUGCAUUCUUGGUUGGGAUAACCUUCCCCGGACCCUGCUCAUGUACUUUACAAAUGUGAUAUUGUCGCAGGAAGGAUAUUUCCAUUCAGUUAUAUGCAAUUCACCAGAGUACAAGAACACAACUGUGAACAGUGAUCUAAGAUACAUGAUCUGGGACACACCCCCAAAAAUGGAACCCCACUUCCUCAACACCUCGGAUUUUGAUCAAAUGAUUCAAAGCGGAGCUGCUUUUGCCCGACAAUUCGAGAAAGAUGACCCUGUGAUGGACAUGGUCGAUAAAAAGAUCCUCAAGCGUGGGAGAAAUCGAGCUGCCCCGGGGGCAUGGUGCUCGGGCUGGAAAAGCUGGUGGAUGGAUCCUUGCACUCAUUGGGGUGACGCCAAUAUCUUGAAGCCUGGGCCCCAAGCAAAGAAGUUUGAAGAGUCGAUUACUAACCUUCUCGAUGACUGGAAUGCACAAUCAAAUCAAUGCCAAUGACGAUGUCUGUGCUGAAAAUGUCUCCAGAUACCCAGUGUGGUUUUCCUGUGAGCUAAACUUGAUUAGUUUAGGAGACUGGCAACCGCGGAGAUAUAUUCUUUGGCCCCCAAGAACACUUUUCGUUUUGUGGGUUCUUCCAGUCUCAUGCUUGACUAUUGUUUAUAACGGGGCGUCGGGGCAGAGUAGAAGGGAGAAACAUAGUGAGUUAGCUUGAGGUAUUGCCACUUACCGUAGCAUGGCGGGCUGUUACCGACGGUAUUGCCACUUACCGUAGCAUGGCGGGCUGUUACCGAUGGUAUUGCCACUUGUAGCUUUUGAGUAACUGGGUUAAUAAGAGGCUCUCCCUCUUUUUGUGCUGCCAUUGUAUGUCUACUUCGGAUUCGGAUUAUGUUCGGACAUGUUUGAAUGUUGGAUCACAAAUUCAUUCUUUCACCUCUCAUCUGUUGUAUCUCGUUCUAAAUUCAUA